GUGAGAGUGUCCCAGUGAGAAGCAAGAAGUCGUUGGAAAGAAAAGUAUGCAGUUACUUUCCAGCUUCAUGGCGAGGCACCUGAAGCGAGGAGCAUCCUUGAAAAAAGGCAAACGAGAAGUUACUGGAGGCGGAAAUUCUACAGGUAAUUGUUCUGGUUCGACAGGGGGUCCACCCAGAGCCAUUAACAAUACCACUGGAUACAAUACUGCACCUGGGGGUGCCAAUAUGACCCCCGAGGAUACUGCUCCCGAUGAAGAGUUUGCCUUAGCUGUUAUCCAGAAGACUCAGAGGGAUGCAGAAGCCAUUCGUGGUGCGCUAUACCUUGGUGUGGCCCUUACAAUCGCGUGGCUAAUAGGUGCUGCGGGUUUAUCACUAGCAUGGCUAGUACUAGUGUUAGCACUAGCAGCUACGAUACUUAAAGCAAGGAUAUCCCGCCUUCUCGAAUCGACCCUUCAACGCGAGCUAGCCAGGCUACGUCGAAGAAGAGCUUUGUACAGAGAUGAAACCGCUGAAUGGCUGACUUUACUUCUCAACAAAUGGUGGAGAUAUAGUGCUGCUAGUAUAUUUUCUUUAGCGAAAGAAAGAUUGGAGCCUCUUUUAAACGAAGCCAAGCCAGGAAUACUAGGACCAUUGGAACUGAGAGAGCUCACACUUGGCGAACAAACCCCUUGUAUCACGCGUAUAAGAACGGUAGAUUAUGCAAACGACGAUGAUAUCGAUGGCCAAACAGGACAAACAAAAUUGUCGAUCGAAGCAGAUAUACACCUCGACUGCGAACAAUUUCGCAUGCUUAUCACGACAAGAUUAUUUGGGAAAGGGGUUGGUAUGGACGUCGAUCUGGCCGUGGAGAAACUGUCUGUCUCGGGUACCAUUCUUGCCACCCUGACCCUUAACUCCAUGGCACCGUUUCCUCACGCAACCUCUUUGAGCGUGAGUUUCUUAGAGAAACCGGAUGUUUGGUUCAGCGUGAGAAUUCUGCGAGCGGUACAAAUGAUGGAAAUGCCUUUAAUUAAGACCUGGAUUCACGCAGUGGUCACGGACGCUUUGGCUAGUUGGAUCGUUGAUCCGGGUCACUUGGAGAUGAAUCUCAGAGCUCGAGAACGACCUGGACCCAAAUUCGAUUCUGUAACCAACUCCAUACCGCAAGGAGUACUUACUGUCGUUUUAUCCCAAAACGGAUGUGCAGCUCCCAUCGGAGACGAAAUAAAGUGGCUUGUGGUAACAGUAGGAGAUCAAAGGCGGGUUACAAGUCCGUUAAAUUCCACGUGGAACGAGGACGUAUCUUUCUUAGUAGGUGUCUUGGAUAAUGAGAAAGUCUCGAUCAAAUUAAAAGCAAAACGCCUUGUUAGUACCAUAACAUUGGCUCAGUUCGAACUUGCGCUCGGAGUAUAUAAUUGGGAUAAUUCGCAAGUGAUUGAAACCGUACUGCAGCAAAAGAAACCAUCUCGAAACAGUGCAAACAUUCCAAACAUUAACGCCCGAUUAGAAUACACUGCACUACCAAAACUUGAUCCAGAUUUACCACAACCAGAGCUAACAGAAGAUAAUUCACACCUGUCAGGAGUACUCGUGGUUUAUAUCCAUUCAGCGGAUAAUCUCAAUAGCGAUAAUUCGCAAUGUAAUCCUUAUUGUAUACUAUUCAAUAACCGUAAAAAGGUAAAAACAACGCAUUACAUUCGAAGCACCAUAUCGCCAUAUUGGGAAUCGAGAGCACAAUUUCUCGUUCAAGAUUACACUCAAGUUUCCUUAAGUUUUGUCGUAUACUCUUGGAAUAUAUCAAAGUCGACUGAUAGCGAUAUGCUAGGACUCGCUAUAUUAUCUUUAUCUCAAGAAAGUACAUGGAUAAUUAGGAAAGAAUUGGUUCUCAGUGGCUCGAACGUUACAUCGACGAUGACAGUCUCUGUAUUGUUCUACCCUGUUAAAAGUGUACAGCAAGUGGUUACCAGCCGAAGAAGCAGCCUAACCUUUCCAAUAUCGGACGACGAACCAAAAUCUAAACGAAACAACCUACCAUGGAUGCAACAAGCAAAGCUAUUAUUAACUCACAAGGAUAUAGACCCUGCUUCAUCAGAUGUAUCCAGUCUACUUUCCACUGGAAGUGGGCUAAUGGAAGUGACAUUAAUACGUGCGAAGGACCUUGUUGCAAAGGAUUUAAAUGGUUUCAGUGAUCCUUUCUGUGAAUUGAAAUUAAAUAAUGAAACGAAAUACAAGAGCAGCAUAAAAAAGAAAACACUGAAUCCUUGUUGGGAUGAAAGUUCCAUCAUGGGUUUACCCAGAAAUGGCGAGACUUUAGACGUCGUGUUAUGGGAUCAUGAUACUUUUGGUAUGAAAGAUUAUCUUGGGAAAGUAUCACUGACUCUUGACGACAUUAGAAAAUUAUCUAAUAGCGACCAGUCCCAUUGGUUCACAUUAAGAGGAACUAAAACGGGAUCUGUAGAAUUAAAGAUCAAAGUCUUGUCUGAAGAGUGUGAGACCCAAAGUACUUACGCGGCCAGUAAUGUCAGUGAAAGUUCGACUCAAUUGAAUAUCGAGAAUUCAGAAACGGCAUCAAACAUUAUAAGAAGACCUUCGAUGGAAAAGUCAAAAAUGAGAUUGCAUUUAGAUGUUGUACCACCACCGCCCCCGCCUCGUACAGUUACUUUAUUGAAACCAAUUAUUUCUAGUCAAUCUGACAAAGCUAGUAUUGGAAGCAAAGAUUCUAACGAAAUGAAUGGGACUCAAAAUUCAUGGAUACCUAGAGUUAUCACAGAAUCCGUAACGGAUGUAGUCGACGAAACUGAUGCAGCAAAAUUAAGAGAACGGCGAUCUUCUCACAAUAGUUUAACACCAAGUCCAGAACAAAGUUUCGGUAAAAAAUUGCCACAAUAUAACAGCUUUCGCGUUAUGAAACAAAAGGUUAAAAGAGGACUAAAACUUCGUAGAUUUCGUUCAGAGGUAAAUAUAGAAGAUAAGAACGAGUCGAAAGGCGUAACAUUAAGUUUAGAACCUAGAGGUGGAGGAGAAGCUGAUGCUACAGAACUUUUACAAGGAUCUGGUUUAGCUCAUGCUGUAUCACAACCUGAUAUGCUUGGCAGAAUAAGACAACCUAGUCCACGCUUAAGAUUGAGACCAAAUGAAUUAAAAGUUGUCAAUGGCACUAAAGAAAAAUAUUCAGGAAUAGAAGGAAAAGUUCUACAAGCUCAAGGUCUUCAUGUUGCACACAUCGCUCAACUAUAUUGUAGAAUUAAGCUUCAAAUAUGUACCAGUCCCGAUAAAAUUAUAUCUUCGACAAAUAGCGGUAAAACGUUAGCAAAAUCUCGACUCUUACCUGCAAUGCCUAAUCCACAAUUCAGUAUAGAUUUUCACAUAGAAGGUGACAAUGUUCCCAGGCAAUCGUUAUUAAUAUUCGAAAUUAGAAGUGCUAGUAAAGAAUUAUUAGCUAGCCGACGCAUAACUCUUCAUGAAUUACUAGGUGUUUCUGCGGCGACUGAUGAAAUUCAUACAUGGCUAGCUUUAAACAAUGGAGCAUCAUUGGAAGUACAAAUUGCUCAUGGAAGAGAAUUGAAAAGUAAAUCCACAAAGAAACUUUUUCGAUCCUGGUCAGUCCAUCGAAUAGGAAAAAUAUGAAAUAUCUUCGAAUUGUAUAUUUUUAGUCAAUGUGACAUGUAUUUGUUAAAAACUGUA